AUGGAUGCCUUUUGCAGACUCAGCGGCCUGGACCCUCUGUGGGACUGGAACCGUACGUGGUACACAGCCAACCCGGACCUGACCCAGUGUUUCCAGAACACAGUAUUGGUGUGGGUCCCCUGUAUCUAUCUGUGGUUGCUGGCCCCUUUCUACUGCCUUUACCUCUACUAUUAUGACCACGGUCGCAUCCGAACGUCCUGCCUAUGCAGCUCCAAGAUGGUGUUGGGUUUCCUGUUGGCCUCCUUUGGCUUCGUUGAGUUCUUCUACAUCCUGCUGGAGAGGAGCCAGGAGAUCCAGCAGCACAUGGUCUUCCUCCUCAGCCCCAUCAUACGCAGCCUGACUGUGAUCUUGGCCUUAUGCAUCAUCCAGUUGGAAAGAAUAAGAGGCUGCCGUUCCUCCAUAUUCCUCUUCCUGUUCUGGGUCUUGGCUGUUAUCUGUUCCCUGGUGCCUCUCAGGGCGAAGAUCCAGCUGGCUAUGGACGAGGGCAUUGCAUCUGAUAUCGUACGAUACCUCGCCUUUUUCUCCUAUUUCACAAUCCAACUGGCCCAGCUCUUCCUGUGCUGUUUUGCUGACCAGCCUCCAGAGGGAAAAAACACAUUUCAAAAGAAUCCCUGUCCUGUGCAAGAUGCCUCUUUCCUCUCAAAGAUUCUCUUCUGGUGGUUCACUGGGCUUGUUGUGAAAGGAUAUCGCACCCCGCUGGCAGGAGAGGACCUGUGGACGCUGAGGGAGGAAGACACAUCGCGCAAGAUCAUCUCUGAGCUGGAAGAGAACUGGACGGAUGAAUGUGCCGAACUUCAAAAGCAGGAGAAGGCCUUAGCGUCGGGUGUGGCGCUGGGGAGCAGACUGCCGGACCAGGCGCAGCUCCUCCGGAAGUUGCAGAAGGAGCAGAGCUCUGGUUUCUUCCUGCUCAGGACGCUGGCACGCAAUUUCGGCCAAUACUUUCUGACCGGCACCCUGUGCAUCAUAUUCCACGAUGUGUUCAUGUUCGCCAUCCCCCAGGUGCUCAGUCUUCUUCUGGAUUUCAUGAGAGACGAAGAUGCUCCACUGUGGAAAGGCUACUUCUACGCCACUCUAAUGUUCCUGCUGUCCUGUCUCCAGUCCCUCUUCAGCCAUCAGUACAUGUACACUUGCUUCACAGUGGGAAUGAGGGUGAAGACCGCUGUCAUGGGAUUGGUUUACAGGAAGUCUUUGGUGAUAAACAGCGCUGCCAGGAGGACUUGCACCGUGGGCGAGAUUGUGAAUCUGGUUUCGGCUGACACUCAGAAGCUCAUGGACUUUGUGGUUUACUUCAACGCUGUCUGGCUGGCUCCUAUUGAGAUUGCUCUUUGUCUCUUCUUCCUUUGGCAGCAUCUCGGCCCAUCGGCUCUCGCAGGAAUCGCCACUGUCAUUCUCAUUUUUCCACUCAACGGGUUCAUAGCGAAGAAAAGAAGCAAGCUCCAGGAGAUCCAGAUGAAGUGCAUGGACGGCCGCAUCAGACUGAUGAAUGAGAUCCUGAACGGAAUAAAGAUCCUGAAGUUCUACGCCUGGGAGAAGGCCUUCCUGGAGAAGGUUUUGGGCCACAGAGAAAAAGAGCUCCAAGCCCUGAAGAAAUCUCAGAUCCUUUAUUCCAUCUCCAUUGCAUCCUUUAACUCCUCUUCUUUUCUGAUUGCCUUUUCCAUGUUCGGAGUGUAUGUGACACUCGAUGACAGGAAUGUGCUGGAUGCACAGAAAGUUUUUGUCUCAAUGGCGCUGAUCAACAUUCUGAAGACCCCACUCAGCCAGCUUCCAUUCGCUAUAAGCACGACGAUGCAGGCUAUGGUUUCACUGAGGCGUCUGGGGAAGUACCUGUGCUCUGAGGAACUGAAGGUGGAAAACGUCUCAAAAGCUCCAUCGACCUCUGAUGGUGAAGACGUGGUGAUAGAAAACGGCACUUUUAGUUGGUCUGCAGAGGGCCCUCCAUGUCUUAAAAGGAUCAGUAUCCAUGUGCCACGAGGUUCCCUCGUUGCUGUGGUUGGACAUGUGGGCAGUGGAAAGUCCUCCUUGUUGUCUGCCAUGCUUGGUGAAACAGAGAAAAGGAGCGGUCAUGUCAGUGUUAAGGGCUCCGUGGCGUAUGUGCCCCAACAGGCCUGGAUCCAGAAUGCCACAGUCCAAGACAACAUCAUAUUUGGCCGUGAAAAAAUGAAGACGUGGUACCACCGAGUGCUGGAGGCCUGCGCACUGCUGCCAGACCUGGAAAUCCUACCUGCUGGAGAUGCUACAGAAAUUGGGGAAAAGGGAUUGAACCUCUCCGGUGGGCAGAAGCAGAGAGUGAGCCUGGCUCGGGCCGUCUACAGAAAGGCCGAUGUAUACCUAAUGGAUGAUCCUCUGUCUGCUGUUGAUGCACAUGUCGGUCAACACAUCUUUGACAAAGUCGUUGGACCAAAGGGAGUCCUUAGGGACAAGACCCGCAUCCUAGUGACCCAUGGGAUGAGCUUCCUGCCGCAGGCUGACCUCAUCCUUGUUCUGGUAGAUGGAGAAAUCACAGAGAGCGGCUCCUACCAGGAGCUCCUCAGCCGCCAUGGCGCCUUCGCCGACUUCAUUCACACAUUCGCCAACACUGAGCGAAAAGAGAGCGCCAUACAGAGAGCUGGUUCCAGGAGGUCCAAUGCUCGUCUCAGCAUGGUCGACUUUAUGCCAUUCUCCAGAGAUCUGUCACAGGAGCAACUUAUUGGGGGUGACACCACGAAUACAAACCUGCAGAACAUGGAGCCUGUGUCUGAAACAGACGAAGAACAAGUACCAGAGGACUUGGGCAAGCUCACUAAAGCUGAUAAGGCCAACACUGGAAGGGUGAGGUUGGCGAUGUACAAGAAGUACUUCAAGACCAUCGGCUUGGUCAGCAUCAUCCCCAUCGUCUUCCUGUAUGCUUUUCAGCAAGGCGCCUCACUGGCCUACAACUACUGGCUGAGCAUGUGGGCUGAUGACCCGAUUGUUAACGGCACACAAACGGAUACGGACCUCAAGCUGACCGUGUUUGGUGCGCUGGGUUUUGUGCAAGGUAUUGCAAUCUUUGGGACAACGGUCGCCAUCUCCAUCUGCGGUAUCAUCGCCUCCCGCCACUUGCAUAUGGAGCUGCUGAUCAACGUGCUGCACUCUCCAAUGUCUUUCUUCGAGUGCACGCCCAGUGGCAACCUACUCAACCGCUUUUCCAAAGAGAUCGACGCCAUCGACUGCAUGGUCCCAGAAGGCUUGAAGAUGAUGCUGAGCUAUGUUUUUAAACUCAUGGAAGUCUGCAUCAUUGUGAUGAUGGCGACACCCUUUGCGGCCGUGAUCAUCCUGCCCCUCGCUUUCCUUUACGCCUUUGUCCAGAGCUUCUACGUCGCCACAUCCUGUCAGCUGCGGAGGCUGGAGGCUGUGAGCCGCUCGCCCAUCUACACACACUUCAACGAGACGGUGCAGGGCGCCAGCGUCAUCCGGGCCUUCGGCGAGCAGUCCAGGUUCAUUCAGCAGGCUAAUGAGAGGGUGGACUUCAAUCAGACCUCCUACUUCCCCCGAUUUGUGGCCACUCGGUGGCUGGCAGUCAAUCUGGAGUUUGUUGGUAAUGGUGUGGUCUUAGCUGCCGCCAUUCUCUCUGUGAUGGGAAAAGGCACCCUGAGCCCAGGAAUAGUCGGUUUGGCUGUGUCACACUCCCUCCAGGUGACUGGAAUCUUGAGUUGGAUAGUGAGAUCCUGGACUGAUGUGGAAAACAACAUUGUGUCUGUGGAGAGGGUCAAUGAGUAUGCGGAGACUGCUAAAGAGGCGAGUUGGAGUAUCGAAGGCAGCUCCUUGCCCCUGGCUUGGCCUCAGAGAGGUGCUAUUGAGUUCCAGGACUACGGGCUGCAGUACCGUAAAGGCCUUGAGUUGGCUCUGAAGGGCAUUACCAUGCAAGUUCAUGAAAGAGAGAGGAUUGGAAUUGUGGGUCGGACAGGAGCAGGGAAGUCCUCACUUGCCUUGGGAAUCUUCCGGAUCUUGGAGGCAGCGAAAGGAAAAAUCUUUGUAGAUGGAGUGAACAUCGCUGACAUCGGACUGCAUGACCUCAGAUCCCGCAUUACUAUCAUUCCUCAGGACCCUGUGCUGUUCUCAGGCUCGCUCCGGAUGAACCUCGACCCCUUUGACAGCUACACAGAUGAGGAGGUGUGGAGGUCGCUGGAGCUCGCCCACCUCAAAAACUUUAUCUCAAAUCUGCCUGACAAACUCAACCACGAAUGCUCAGAGGGAGGAGAAAACCUCAGUCUGGGUCAGCGCCAGCUCGUGUGCCUGGCCAGGGCCCUGCUGAGGAAAACCAAGAUCCUGGUUUUGGACGAGGCGACAGCUGCUGUCGACCUGGAGACGGACAUGCUCAUCCAGUCCACAAUCCGCACACAGUUUGACGACUGCACUGUACUCACCGUUGCUCACCGCCUCAACACUAUCAUGGACUACACAAGAGUGAUCGUCAUGGACAGAGGCCUCAUUUCUGAGAUGGACACUCCAGCAAACCUCAUCGCACAGCGGGGACAGUUCUACGGGAUGUGCCGGGAGGCCGGGCUGGUCUAAGUCUUCAAUGGACGCUUCGUUCCAUGCAGCUGGUGUACAGAUGUGGCACCUUAUUUGCUAACGUUAAAUUGGGCUAUUUCAAGCUUCGUGGCAGCUCAAAAACGCCUCUCCAUGAGGGCAUUUUCAAUUAAUCUCAAGAACAGAUGCUGGCGCUGGUUUUUGACAGACACUACAGACAUUAUUAUCCUCAGAUGAUGAACAUUCAGAAGAAAGCUACAGUGGAUUGUAGAGUCUCCAAGCUAUUAAAGGUAGGGUAGGUAAGUUUGAGAAACCAGCUCGAGAUCGCUAGAAUUUGAAAAUACACAAC